AUGGACUUGGCAGCAUCAGAAUUGGGCUCGGCUGCACCGCCACUGCUUCACUACAUCUAUCCUGGAGUUGUGCUUUCGUACUUUCUCGCGGCAUCCCUCUUCUCUGUGUGUAUCCUGCACAAUCUAAGGUAUGAAUGGCUGCUGAAGACGGAAUCAUCUGGCCAGUCAUGGAUUGUUGGAGCUCUUUCCAUCUUCAGCCUUACCUAUCUUGUCCAGCUCAUCGUGCUUGUCGCGCUCAAGGACCCAGGCGACCAAUGGCCACCAGCCGAGCACAGCGUUGUCGGGAACCUAUCUUGCCUGCUGGUUUUUGCUAUCCAGCUUUCCUGCCUAUCUACUUCCACGAAUCUCGUGUCGUAUCCUUACCAAGGAGCUUGGAUCAUUGCGUCAGCUUUUGAAACAACACUUGGCGCCUUUCUUGUUGUUCAGUUGCGUUCCCGAAAUUUAAGCCGCUAUCACGUCGCCGAACUGGCAUUGACGAUCUUGCGCUGCGCAGUCCUCUUUUUUCUUGUCUUUUGGACCUAUUUUUGGCGCUGUAUUCAAGCUGUUCGUCGCAGAUCAGACGAAGAAUGCCAGCCAUUGCUGGCUGGCGCUGGCAAUGGCACAGCGUCCGGCUCCGGCUAUGGGUCAACCUCUGACACAGAAGCCGCGUCUGACGACGAGGCAGAGUACUGUUGGGAGCGUCGUAAGCGAGAGGCGAGAGAGAGCAUGGAGAGGAGACUGCAAGAAGGCGGCAACUGGUUUACAUAUGCCAAGGGGUUCAUGAUUCUGUUCCCUUAUGUGUGGCCCGUUGGGAAUCUUGUCCUACAGCUUCGAGCCGCGGCAGUUGGGUUGUGCCUUCUGUUGUCGAAUGUCCUGCACUUGUUGAUUCCAAGACAGACGGGCAUCAUCAUGGACAGUUUAGCCGCCAGUGGCAAGGACAGUUCCGCCAACCCCUGGGUCGCAGUGGCAGUUUUCGCAGGGCUGAGACUAGCAGCAUCUGACUCGGGGGUCGAGCUCCUGCGCCAGUGGCUUUGGAUCCCUGUUCAGUACUACUCUCGUGAUGCUAUGACCCGGGCUGCGUACUCCCACAUGAUUCAUUUAUCAGCAGAUUUUCACGACUCAAAAAGUUCCUCUGAUAUGAUGUUAGCAAUACAAGGAGGCCACGCCGUCUCGAAUGCAAUAGAGAGCGUAUUGCUCCAGGCAAUUCCCAUGUUCAUUGAUAUGUGUGUCGCUUUGAUCUAUUUGUCUGUCACCUUCGGCUCGUACGAAGGUUUCAUAACCCUAGCCACAGGAACCAUCUUCUUCAUCUUGGCUGGCAGGCUAGUGGCAGAGUCCAAGACAGCAGGUCGGCAGCGCGUGAAUGCCCUGUAUCAGGAGCAUUACGUCCGGCAAUCAGGCUUGCAAGGUUGGCAAACUGUCUGCGCCUUUAAUCAAAUCAGCUUUGAGGACAAUCGACAUGCCAAUGCUGUUGCAAACAGGUGGCUUAGAGAGCAACAGUACCUCUUGAAUUGGUAUAUUUCCAUAGCUUUCCAGACUAUGGUUCUCACGUCUGGGCUUCUGGCCAGUGCUUUUCUGGCAGUCUAUCGGAUUCAGAAUGGAAAAGCAUCGGCGGGCCAAUUUGCAAUGCUCUUGAUGUACUGGUCACAACUGUCAUCCCCCCUGCAGUUCUUCGCCCGACUUGGCAAGAGAAUGAGCGACGACUUUAUUGAUGCAGAAAGGCUUCUCGAAAUCAUGAAGACGAAAUCUACGGUUGAAAACAAGAAAGGAGCCAGAGCACUCAAGUUUGUAGCAGGCCAUGUUACAUUCGAUAAUGUUACCUUCAGCUACGACGGACAGAAAGGAGUCAUUAAAGGAAUUUCGAUUGAGGUUCCUGCAGGCGAGACUGUAGCGUUUGUCGGGGCGACUGGCGCAGGAAAAUCCACCUUGUUGAAGCUUCUAAACAGAUUCUAUGAUGCUACAAGCGGAAGUAUAAAGAUUGACGGUCAAGAUAUCCGUGAUGUGGACCUCUUUAGCCUUCGUGAUCGAAUUGGCAUCGUUCCACAAAACCCGAUAUUGUUUGACGACACCAUCAUGAACAACGUUCGAUACGGAAGGAUCACUGCUAGCGAUGAAGAGGUAUUCGACGCCUGUCGUGCGGCCUGUAUACUCGAAAAGAUUGUCGGCUUUACGCAUGGCUACGAAACCAGGGUUGGUGAACGCGGUGUAAAACUGUCCGGCGGAGAGCUUCAGCGAGUAGCAAUAGCGAGAGCAAUAUUGAGACGGCCAGAUAUUGUCUUAUUAGAUGAAGCGACCAGUGCUGUCGAUACCGACACCGAACAGCAAAUUCAGCUCUCCUUCAAAAGACUGUGCCAAGGUCGUACCACGUUUAUUGUGGCGCACCGAUUGUCCACCAUAAUGAAUGCCGAUCGUAUUGUUGUCGUGGAGCACGGCGAGGUUGUCGAGCAAGGAAACCAUGACAAGCUGAUAGCGGCCAAUGGACGCUACGCAGAUCUGUGGUCAAAGCAAGUCUUUCUCCGGCCACGUGACAAACUCGACAUUGUAGACUUGGUUGACGACAGACCGGCAGUGGUUGAUGACUUGGCAUCAGAACAAACCGCGACCGAAAUAGGGCAACGAGAUGGAACGGACGCCGAUAGUGAAGGUUUCUCCGCUGACGAGGACCAAGCCGAGCAGAAGAGCCCUGCCCUUGGGCAUCAUCGCAAAGAGGUAUUGUUGAUCGAGUUGUUCACGGCAUCGACUUGUAGUGACUUUUCAUUUCCACGACAGGGAUCCACGAUGAAUCCGGUUGCUCCUGAGCUUACCACGACACAUGCGUCAUGUUCUGCUGACAAGCAUGAAACAAACGAUGGGCAAAGUAUGCUGUUAUAUUCGAAUAUUGGUACAGACGUCCACACCGUGCCUGAGUGGAAGGGACAGCAACCAAUGUCGCGUACGAACUCACCCCAGGAUAAAAGCACAGUCGUCAAGGAUACAGCCAAAGGUACAGAGGAUUCGGGAGCAACUACUCAGAACAGUCUGCGAAAUGCACCCAAAUCAGAAUUAGACAAGGAGAAGCCUGAUGGUGACCAUACUCUUCCAGAGUCAGACGAUUGCCUCGACGGCUCUGAAUAUUAG